AUGAGACUUGUCGCCCUGUUGUGCAUCUUGGUUGGUGCGCUCGUGGAUGCCAUCCCCGCUGGCGCGAAAGUUCGGGCGCAACACAGUCGAGCUAUGGACACCGCUACACCUACACCUUCUCUGGGAGGAGCUUCCUGGGAGCGUAUCACGGAGAGCCAGGUUGUACAAACCAUGACUGUCACGGCCGAGUCGACCACCACAGUCUUUGAUGGGGUGUCAUCCGCUUCUACAACCACUUCAGCCUCAUCAUGGGCACAACCUUUCCAGCCAACCACCUUUGUGGACACUAUCUGGCGAGGAGCCAUCCCUUUCGGGGACAUUGACCAAGGAUCCUUCCUCGUCCUCUGUUUCUCCUGCCCCAACUUCUGGGUCGAGUCAGCAAGAGUCUCCUCAAAUCACAACUACCCAGUCUUCCAGGAGUUUGUCUUCUUCUGCCGUCUUGAGCGACAGCCCCUCCACCAGGAAUACAGACACCAUACCGAGCUUAUCAUCAGCAACAGAGACGUCAACUACCAUCCACCACUUCCCGGUCAAGACCCUUUGGUAAUCAUAUUGAGCGAUUCCUCAACAGCCACGAUCACCUCAUCGGCCAUCACUCGAGAUGGUGUAUCUCUUGCUAUUCCAAGCUACCAGGAGCUUAGCCAGAACGGUGGCUCCUCAAGCCAGCAGCUGUCUUCUUGGUCCGUGCAGUUUGGUGCGAGACAUUUCCAGCCUUCAACUUGUUUCCUCGGCAUAUUUGGGUGCUUCCUGCAAGCCCAGGCGGAUUUCAUCAGCGUUGCAAGCUCAAUCGGGGACGCUUUCCUCUCGAUCGCGGCUAGAAUGAUGCAGGCCGGUAUUGUCGAUGCUGCCACCGCCGCUGGCUAUGCUUCCGAGGCCAGCAGUUACAGCGUCACCGCGAACUCCAUCCUGGAUGGCUUGAGCAAUGCCCUGUCCGGACUUGAGGGGGCAGCAGAGGCGCUGGAUGGCGCUAUGCAGGCAGUCAAUGAGAAUCUGGCAUCCUUUACCUCUAUUGAGCUACAAGAGCUGACUAAGGCUGGUCGCAUUUUCAGCUCCUAUCCUGAGGUGUCGUUAGCGAAGGGAAUGUUCAGCAACCUCGCGAACAUAAUGAACCUUGUCGGAGCAAACUCGCCUGAUGUAAUCCAAAGUUUAUGGAACCUUUGCUCGGCCCAAUGGUUACCGAUCACUGCAGGUGGGGCAUUGGUCACAAGUGUCUGGGUCCUCAAUGAGAUUGGCGCUGGGGAAGAGACCGAGGAAGAACCAGAUGAGGAGCGGGUACAUUUCAUUCUACUCGAACAGGGCUUCUCUAUCCCUAUUUUCCAACUCUGGACGUUUACACUAGACGAAGGUAGGGGGACCAAGACCGCUACUGAUGCCUCUGUCAACGAUGAUCUGACGCAGAGGGGGCUUGAGCCUGCGUACGGCCCAGGGUAUACGACCUGGAUCACAAUACCAAAGGCAAGGAUCAUCCGGGCACUACCAUUCGUGCGCAUAGUGUACAUGCACCCGACUUUCGAUCAGAAGAAGAGAUGGGGCCUUCAAGUUAUUUUUGAAGAUUCUGAAGGAAGCGAGGGAGGCUGGGAAAGCGGAGAAAGCAAGGCAGGUCAAAAUCGCCCCUUUGAAAUGGCAUUUGCUGCCACUCGAAAGCGCGAGCUUGAACAGAGUCAAGCACAGAGAAAUCUAGCAGCAUUCUCCCAUCAUAAGGGCGUGGACGACCAGUUUACGUACACAAGAGACUCGUCUGGGGGCGAAGGCGUCACCAUUUUUGUUACGGAUAGCGGAGGUUCCAUUGAUGGGCCUCUUUGGCAGAUACCGGAUAUAGGGACCCCAGAUGCGCUACACGACGGCUACUUUCAUAUUGUGCAGACAGUCAAGGAUCGGGGACUGCAUGGAAGAUCAGUCAUAAGCAAUUCAAACGGCUACCAUUUCUCGCGUUACCUCAACGACAGGUCGACAUGGGAGUCUUUCGCUGGCCGCAGGUACCCUCCAUUGGAAGAAGAGGAUGUGGAAGACAUGAUGAACGACUUGUCUGAAUACCUCAAAGCCGUGAAGACUGUCCACGACGAUAUCGAAAAAGCAGCCAGGUCGAAUGGCAUCAUCUGGGUCCAAUCUACAGGGAAUCAAGGCGCUUACCCUCCUGGGCCUGAUGACCCGAGGAUAGUCCCAGACGUUAUCGCGGGAAUUGGAGAUAUGAUUCCGCUGUUCGGAAGUACGAGCGACAGCGAGAUGAUUACCGUUUCGGGAGCCCUCGAAGACGGAACCCUCUGGCCGGGAGCGUGUCCCAGGGGAGUCCACGUGGGAGAUGUAUUCAUACAGGAUGAUAACGACCCCAGACUGCCAGCGGGCACAAGCCUUGGUUGGAUCGAUGUUUAUGCGCCUGCAUUUGAAAUACCUUCAUGUUCGAUCCAUGAUGGGGUGGUGACGAUGAAUGAACAACAGACAAGCGGUGCUACGGCUCAAGUGGCUGGCUUGACCGCAUACUUUCUAGGCUUGCCGGAAAACGCGGAGAGAUUCGCCUGGAGUGAUGAAAGAAACCAACAUGUGCCCUGGGGAGUGCGGAUGAAGCAGUACAUGACGGCCCUCUCCUACCAGUGGACGGACGGGCCCGCUGGGGUGAUCCAAGCACAAUGGUUGGGGAGGCUGCCGUUCAACCUCCCCAGCAUUGUGAAUAUGGCCUAUAACGGCGCACACGGGCCUAUGAAUACUUGUCCAAUGCCGCCAAUCAAGAUUCAAGACGAGGGAACAAUGACGGUAGACGCGGAGCCGUGUCUCCCUCAUGCAAAUACGAGUCAAGUUACCAGUUGGGACUCGACUUGGACUCCGAGCUCGAUUCGGCCGACCGAUCAUUCCUCGGCAUGGACUACGAUGACAACACUUUGGCAUAUCAGCUCCGUCACGGCAAUUUCAAGUUCUGAGGAAGUCACCGAGUCGGUGUCUCCGUCCCAAUCCACAACGCAGGCUUCCUUCGCGCUGACUCUUACCACUUCCCUCCCUAUAACGCGCACAGCAUCAUUCACCUUGACUAUUGGGAAAGGUACCGUCCCUCCGAGCAGUUCCAUAGCAUCCGAAACGUCGGUCAGCACUUCGGUUGCCACGAGUGAGCUUGGGUCCAGUUCAGCGACGGCAUCUCCCUCAUCUCUUCCGAGCAAGACCGAAACACCAGAAACUUCAACAGUGGAGCCACCUCCCGACCCAGAGACAACUACAGGCCCAGUAUACACAACAACGAUAGGCUCUGAAUGCUGCCCGUACUACCCCAGGUGCUGUCUGAACCCUCACGGUGAUGGAUGCGGCACCUUUGCGGCACCAACCUUUUGUACUGUGGAACCUUGGGACAUGCCGCCCUGGUGAGAGCGCAGAGAGCGCAGCACAGCUUGCUUAUACGAGAUUGAUG